CUAGCUAUCAGACAGUUCACUAACAGAUACAAAAAGCAGCAGUAUGCGUGUGUUAGGCGGGAUAAGCUUAGCGGUGCUUUGCUUAGUUGUAUUUGCAGCUGAAGAGACUGUUGCGGUUGAUAAUUAUGAACCCCAUGAAGUCACGCCAGACCACAUGGACCAAACUGGUGAACACGAUGGUCAAUAUUAUUACGCCAGUAAGCACCCCGACCAAGAUGCUGGUGAUGCCACAGAACGCAUGGGUGAAGUUAAUCGCAGUAGAGGAAGUCCAGGCCAAACUGGUAAACACGAUGGUCAAUAUUAUUACACAAGUAAACGUUCCGACCAAGAUGCUGGUUCCGCUACAGAAGGCAUGGAUGAAUCAUUGACUGGAGUUAGUCACAGUAGUGGACGCACAGAUCAAACUGGUGAAGACUAUGAUCAAUAUGCCACAUUUGCUUCAAGAACGUCUGAAAGUGUUGGAAGUCCUCUUAUAGGUAAUAGGCUGCUGUGUCCAGAUGUGGGUAAAACCUGUUUUCGGUACAAUCGAAAUUCUCGUCUCAGACCAGAAUGUUGGGCAGGACUUGACAGUCAUAUAUUAAUCGAUGGACCGGGUGACCGCGAAUUUCCUUUAAACAGCUGCUGCGACCCAUCAGGAAACUUCCAGUCACCAAUUAAUAUACAUGCCACUAGGAGACUCGAGAGAAGUCGGGACUCUCUAAAGUAUGACCAAGAUGAAGUAGAGGGUUACCUUCAAAACAACGGUGUAUAUUACAAGUAUGUUGUGUCUGGAAGAAAGCCUAUACUGACGGGAGCUCCAAAUCAAGAGGGCGUAGGAUAUUUUCUAGACAGUGUCCACUUUCAUAUUGGUAAACGAGGCGACAGACGACAAACGGAACACCUGAUUUACGGCAAAUCUUAUUCUGCUGAGGCUCAUAUUGUACACCAUCGACAAGACUAUGAAGACUUAGAAGCAGCCAGUGCUCAUCCAGAUGGCCUUCUGGUUAUCUCCGUCAUGUUUGAGCUUAGAAAUGAAAAUAGUAACACCUACAACCACAUCUUUAAACACUUUGAAGAAGUUAGACGCUACACAGCUUCAGAUUUUGAUAAUGUGUGUACUCUCGAGAACAGAAGAUUAGCUGCCCUGGAGUUAGCAGGGAUCAUUAAUCCAGAGGAAGAGUGCGUCAAUGCAGUCAGUUAUCAUCAAACUGAUAACUGCGGUCUUAUGAAAUCAGAACCUGGCUGUGGUGAACAUAUUACAGGUAUUAAAGUGAACCCCCGUUUCUUGUUGCCAAAUAUACCACGUUAUUAUUACUAUGAAGGAGGUCUGACGUCACCACCUUGUUCCGAAGCUGUUUUAUGGCUAGUAGGGGAGAGACCGAAAAUGAUAAGUCAAUCUACUGUAGAUUUACUUUAUCAAAUGGAAACCAGAAUCAGGAAAACAGAACUGGGUGAUUAUGGUAACCUCCGCCCUCUACAAAAACGACGAGGAAGAUCUAUCCGACAUAUUCAAUUCGAAUGAGCUAAUUAAUAAAGACGGAAUCCAUAUAAAAAGAUUUAAAUGUUUUCCUUAUAAGAAUUAAAUCAAGCUGUUGCUAUGCUUCGGG